AAUUUACGUCUAAAUUAAAUAUCUCAACUCAAUUGAAUUCAUCAUUUCCAGCCGUUAUCGAAAUGAUUCGUCCCAAGAAUGCAAGGCUUUUCCAACCAAAAAACAGGACAAUUAUCACAAACACUUUGAUGGAACGCAGUCAACUAUACUUUGAACAAUCUGAAUAUAAUUUGGCCAAGAAAGAUUUGGACAUACUUUUGCAAUGGGACAGUGAUAAUUUUGAAGGAAUAAUAUUACGCGGGCGGAUUUUUUAUAAAAUAAAUCAAUAUCGUGCCGCCAUCUCUAAUUAUAACCGCGCCAUAGCUCUCGAUCCUAAAAAUGAAUAUGCAUAUAAUCUUCGAGCAUUGGCAAGGAAAAGCAUAGGUGAUUUUGAUCAGGCAAUUGAAGACUCGGACUAUGCGCUAAAACUCAAUCCAAGAAAAGGAUACUCGUAUCGUUUCCGAAGUAUGAUUUUACAAGAAAUGGAACAGUUUGAAGCUGCUCUCGAUUACAUAUAUGCAGCAGAUACCAUCGAGAAUCAUGAAAUAGAACACAUUUAUCAAAUGAUAGAUAUUUACAGUGAUACAUAUCAAUAUUGGAAAGCAAUUGAUUUGCUGAGUGAUAUCAUUGAUUUUUACAAAAAGGAGAUAGAAGAUGGAGACAUGUAUUAUGUUGAAGCACUUAUUCAACGCGGCGUGAUCUAUAGUUUUUUACAAAACGAGGAAGAGAAUGCUUUUGAGGACUUUCGAGUAGUGCUGGAUAUUGAUCCAAAAAAUGAUUUAGCAUUGAGCCACCGUGGAAGUUUAUAUGCUCGCCUUCGUAACUUCGAAAUGGCAAUGAAGGAUAUCAAUGCGGCAAUCGAAAUUAAACCAAAUGCAUACAGAUAUCAGAAUCGUGCUUAUAUAUACUAUAAGAUGGGUAAUUAUGAUUUGGCUGUUCGAGAUUUAGACACAUCCGAGGGUUUUUAUUCCGAAUAUUCCAUUCUCAAUCAACGAAUGAUAAGAAGCAGGACCUUCCUUUUUAGAGGAAUGAUUUAUCAUAAACUGGGGGAAUAUGAAAAAUCACUGAAAAAUCUUGACGAAGCAAUAACAAUUCUGCACGAUGAUGCCAUAAUAAUUUUGCUUGUUGAACGAGCCUCUGUAUAUGUUUCAACCAAUCGACUGGAAGAUGCAUUAAACGAUUUAAAAAAAGCUUUUAUUAUUGAACCAAAAAACGUCUACAUGUCGAAGGCCUUAGCUAAAGGGAUUAAACUUUAUGGGACUAUUUAUAAGCUGCAUAGUCAAAGCACCA